AUGGCGGGCGGCGCUGGGCCGGCCGUAGCCCUUCCUCCCCCUCAGGGGAGCGGGCAGCGCUCUCCCCCGGCCCCUGCAUCGCCACCCCGUGCCCGCCUCCUGCCCAGGACCGCUUCCCCACGCGGGGCUUCUCGUCCUGGCCCCCGAGGGGAUUCAUCCCGGCCUCUGAGGGGGUUCAAAAUGGCCCCCGAGUGGGUUUCACCUCAGGCCCGGCAGGCCGGCCCCGCCGCCGCCGCCCCGGUGCCCACCCUCCUUGCUGGCGCUCCGCGCCGCAGGGGUUCACCUCCCCGGUUGGAGCCGGCCUCGGGGCGGGGGGGGGCGGGAAAGGCGGCCGGGAGCGGAGUUUGUGUCAUGGUGGAAGCAUCCCAAAGAAGCAAAAAUCAGGGGGUACAUGGGAAGGAGAUGCACUGGGGAGAAAGGAGGACAACUGGCUUGAUUAAAAUAGGAGAUUUGCGGGUCCCAGUGGGUGUCCAUUACUGCAGGCUAAAUUUUGCUGGUAUCUUGGCCUGCCAGGGACUGUAUCUGGAAAACCAUGCUCUUCCCUUCACUCCUGGUGAGAAGGUGACUGGUCUUUGUACGCAGAUGCCGUGGCACAUCCCUGAAGGUGUUGUACGAGGACAUGGUGGCAUUGCCAACCACCUACAGCACAACCUUACUGGUUCUCGACCACAGGGCAUGGCUUCAGCUGGGGUGAUAGUGACAACUGGAAGCAACCCCAAAUACAAGCUGGCUCUGAAGAGCGGCACAAGCCAUGGCAUGAACUACAGCCAGAGCAGCAAAGAGGAGGUGAAGAAGCUCACAAGUAGCAGAGGGGUCAAUGUGACCAUCGAGGCCAUCAGCAGGGACAUCUUCAAUGCAGCUCUGCAAAGAUAUGCAGCCAAGGGGAGGAUUACGGGGAUGGAUUUUGCUGGAGGAAAAACCCCCUCAAUUCCCACUAAUCUGCUGCUUCUAACAAAUGUGUCUGCAAUGGGAGCAUUGAGUCUGUACCAGGAAGAUGAUUUCCCCAUUUUUUCUUCCACUAUCUCCUCCAUUCCCCAGCAUUGCCAGGAGGGAAAUAUCCAUCCUCAUGUUGGAGCACUCUUCAAACUGAAAGAGGUAAAUGAAGCAUCCAACCAUGUGCUCCAGCACAAGGCCACAGGAAAGGUCAUCAUCUCCAUGAAGUAA